CUUCCAAAGCAUAUGAUUCGAUAAUUGAAAUAGAAAAAGCAUUCUAGAAAGUUUAAAAAUUCUGACGAUAUUACUGAGCCUCACGCAAAACUAUUACUGGAACGUUUCCCAUAUUCUAUAAAAGAUCUAUAAUUUAGGGAAGUUCCGACGUUGCACGUUAACUAAGACUUCUUUUAGGAUCCCUUUAAGACAAUAGAUGAUCUUUAUGCCAAAGGGUAUGAGAAAUUCGGAAUAGUGAAAUUGCUUUUGCCUUCUGAGUUAAUAGUUCCGGAAAAAAAAUUCUUUAGUGACUUGGAGUAGAAGUUGAAGGGAAAGAGAGUGGAGACACGAGUGUAGACUUUAAAUUCAUAACAGGCCGGGGAGGUAUUUGUUUAACCAUAGUUUAGAUAUUUGGUUCAAAUACUGUAGGAUACACCUUGCAAGAGUAUAUGAGUUACGCCAACAAGUUUGAAUGUAGUCACAAGUUAUAGGGAGUAAGGGAAGUUUCAAAUCAAAUCAGAUAGAACGAGAUAGAAUUCUGGUCAAUAGUUGACUUUCCAGACCGGUAUAGUGAACUAGAAGUGGAGUAUGCAGCUGAUUUGUUGGCAACUAAGUACGCCACUGGCUACCAAGAUGGCUAAUUGGGAAAUCUGAGUACUAUAAACAAGAAUUGCAAUUCUAUCUUUCAGGUUCUCCAGGAGAAGAGUGAGAUGAGCGGAAUUUCAGUGCCUUGGCUUUACUUGGGAAUGAAGUAUGCUAACUUCUGUUGGCAUAAGGAGGACUUGAAUUUAAAUUCCAUGAACUACAUGCAUGCCGGAGCUCCCAAAACUUGGUAUGAAUGUCUUCUCUAACAUUAGGUAUGCGAUACCUCCCUCUCACAGUGAAAAGUUUUUACAAUAUUUCAAUAAGAAGUAUGAGAAAGAAAGAAUACAUAACCCUCGUCUGUUGUACGACAUCGUGUGUCAGAUUUCGCCUAUCGAGUUGGCCGAACAAUAAAUUACAAUCCUCAGGACAGAACAGCACCCUGGUGAACUUAUUAUCACUCUGGGUGCUACCUAUCAUGCAGGAUUCUCACAUGGUAUUUUAUUAAAUAUAAAUUAUAGGAUUCAAUUGUAGCGAGGCUGUCAACGUUGCUCCUACACAAUGGCUUGAUGAAUAUGAACGUGCUUCAACUGAGUAUCGUAUGGAUGGCAACCUUAAAAAGGUAAUCCUUCCCUUUUAAUUCUGUAUAGGUUAGUUUUCCAUUGGAGUGGCUGCUAACCAAAGUUGUUCUCAUGGCAGAUCAAGUCAAAUUUACUAAACAAUCAUGGAAUAAGGUAUUCUUGUUGUAAUAAUUUAAGAUAUUCGACAAAUUUAAAGUGAUGAUUCAUUCUGAAAUUGCCAAUCGAAACAGCAUCCUAGUUCUCUACGAAUAGGUUAAGACUGUAGAGUUCGCAAACAAAUUAGAAAAAUACGAUCGCAAUGUCUGCAAAAUCUGUUCCAAUUAUAUGUUCUUUAGUUAUAUUUUCUGUGGAAAGUAAAUCUUUUCUUGAUCAUUAUAGAUGUUUAAAAAAGGGAUGCAUUGCUCACCAGAGUGUUUGUGCCUGCGCUAAUCCCAAAAUUUCCCUCUAUAUUCGAUAUAAUAGUGAGGAAUUAUAAACAAUGCUUAAAACUGUAGAAUCAAAGGCCAACUCAAAAACGGGGUAGUGAUUACAG